CGACAGCCUCAUCAACAGCAGCCUCAAUUAUGCGCGGCGAAUGUUCGGUGAAAUUACCCUUGGAUAUUUUAUGGUUACCCAAAUCCGCUAUGAGGCCCGUGGGCCCCGAUACCUCACACAACGAUUGCAUACUGGUCGUUGGUGUUUCCCGUCCCAAAUUAGCCGUAGCCUUUCUUACCGUUAUGCUGAUAUCCUUAUUUCUGACAUUUCAUGUGCUGUACGACAGUGCGGUCUAUAAUAUUCAAGCGGCUCAGGCGGUCCAUGAACAUCGUCGUUUGGCUUUAAUCAAUUCCAAUGGUAUUAGUGGUUUGCCACCGGGUGUGGGUGGCAGUGGUGGUGUCAAUGGCGGGGUAGCCGUUAAUGGUAAUCGCUUUAAUCAUCUGCCCGAGGAUUACACGCAUAAUAACAAGCAUGCGGGUGAUAUAUCAUCAUUAUCAUCGGCAUCAUCAGCAUUCUCGUCGUCGUCUUCGUCAUCAUCAUCGUUAUCAACGCCCAAUCAACAGAUAAGUCAUCCAAUGGUAUUCCCUUCGAAUCGUGUACAUUUCCCCAAAACCAGUCGCCGUUUGCCACAGGCCCUAAUCAUUGGCAUACGAAAAUGUGGUACCCGAGCUUUACUCGAAAUGUUAUACCUACAUCCGCGCAUACAAAAAGCUGGUGGCGAGGUACAUUUCUUCGAUCGCGAUGAGAACUAUAUGAAAGGCCUUGAAUGGUAUCGCAAGAAAAUGCCGCAUUCAUUUCGUGGACAAAUAACUAUUGAAAAAUCUCCAAGUUAUUUUGUAUCGCCCGAGGUACCAGAACGUGUACGAGCCAUGAAUGCAAGCAUAAAACUUUUGUUAAUUGUCCGAGAGCCGGUGACAAGAGCCAUUUCUGAUUAUACGCAAUUACGUAGUCAUGCUGCAACGGCCACAUUACCACUGGCCAACGCCAAUGAAAACCAACAGCCGCAUCAGCAACAACAACAGCAGCAGCAACCACAGUCCUCAUCUUCGGGAAAUGCGGGCAAAUUUUCCUCGCACUCAUCGUCGAUGCUCUAUAACAAAUUAAAUGCCGGUUACUCUUCAUCACAAAUAUACGACAAUUCCAUAGAUGCUGGUGGCGGAGGAGGAGGAGGAAGAGGCGGUGGCUAUAAUAAAAAUGCACAUUCAAUGCGGCAAUAUGAAACGACAACACCGAGUCCUGCAUCGGCGGCCGCGGCAGCAGCUCAAAUUUUAUCAAAAUCCUUUGAAGAGUUGGCCAUUUUUCCCAAUGGCACUGUUAACGAAUCCUAUCGCCCCUUAACCAUAUCAAUGUAUCAUUUACAUUUGCAUCGUUGGCUGGAAGUCUUCCCUAGAGAACAGAUAUUGGUUGUCAAUGGCGAUCGUCUGAUAGAUGAUCCGGUUUCACCACUAUGGAUAUAUUAAACAGGACUAGGCAUUGAACAUCGCAUUACCAACAACCACUUCUAUUUCAAUGAAACGAAAGGAUUCUACUGUUUGCGUUACGAUAGUGGUGAUCGUUGUUUACGCGAAACGAAGGGACGUAAACAUCCUCAUGUUGAUCCGGUGGUCAUUUCGAAAUUGCGCAAAUUCUUUGCCGAACAUAAUCAGCGGUUCUAUGAAUUGGUUGGUGAAGAUUUGGGCUGGCCCGAAGAAUAA